AUGGCACCCAAAUCCAAACCCCGCAAGGAAAUAGCAUUGACUCUGGCCAAUGUGAAACGCUCGAAAGUUUUGGAUCUCAACAUUCGGUCGACCUAUACGCAAUUCAACGGCCAAGAAGCGUUCAGAGAGCUGGUGCAGAACUGGCGAGACGAGGUGAUCAGAGCCAGUGGCCUCAACCCGCAGCAGUUCAUGAACUCUGUCACCCGCGAGAUAAUGACGAAUGACUCGAAAGUCGAGAUCUUAUACAAGGCCACCAAGCCUGCACAAGGCUCACGAGGCGCACCGGAGGUUUUUGGUUUCAUUCGGUACAGAGGGGAAAACGGACAAGGCACAGUUGAACUCACGAACCGCAAGAGCACCCUCCAACUUGAGCAUCUGGAGAUGGGUGGCACCACCGCGCCCCAUGAAGAUGUGCAGUUCCUGCUUGGGGCUGAGAGCAAAAACGACGAUCAAACGAAGCAAAACACCCAGCAUGUCCCUAUCACGAAAGCCGUGUUCGAGAGCUGGACGUCCAUGGCGCUCUUUCUGCAGGAGCCAAAUCCGCAGAUGACAAUCACGACGUCCCGUGGCAAACUCUUGUUGGAGCCCAAAUAUCAUGGCAAGCUAUACCUCAAAGGCUUACUUCUCAGCAAUUCUGCCCAAAACUCCGCCGGCGUCGGUGGCGAGCUAUAUUUCAAUAGCUUAUUUCUCAGCUAUUCUGCCCAAAACUCCGCCAGCAUCAGUGGCAAGCAGAUGAGGUACGGCUAUGACUUUGCAGACGGCAGCACGAACCGAGAUCGCCGGCAUGUGGCUACUGCGACAGAGGAAGCAGAAACCAUCGCUAGUAUCUGGGCACAAAGUAUUGAAAAGCGACCAGAGAUGGUUGACAACCUCAGCGACAUGCUGCUGUCAGAGAAUUCAGAGUACGCCGACGUUAACAUGGCGGAUAGGAACACGAGUUUUCAUGUUGCAACCCGUUUGGAGGCGGCCCUCGUGCAGAAGUAUCCCAACCGAUGGUUCUUUGAUAACGAGCAGAGAACGAAAUAUCCUGAACUCGAACUAACAAUCCAAGGCCUUGGAUUGCGAGGAAUGUAUCUCCCCAAGACGUACUGGAAACUGCUGCACAAGCACGGGCUUGUACGCAAAGUCUGGGCUGAAGAGGCCAUACGGUUCGGCAAAGCCAAGGCCCUGGGCCUUAAAGACCUGCCUCAAACAUAUUUUGCUCAGGAGCUUUAUCGCAUCAUCAAAGCAUGUAUGCACGACUGCCACGAAUGCAUGCAUCGCAUCACCCUGCUCAUUGUUGACGCUGGCGAACUUGAGCUUGACACUAAGUACCUUGCGGGCCCGCCUGCACAGCUCAAGGUACACGUCAAAUGGUUGUCGCAUGACAUCCUCAGCACAGAACUGGGGACGCGACUCGACAAGGACAACCUGCGAGAUGUCGGCAGAAGUGCGAGACUGCUUUUUAAGCGCAUGCUGCAGACUCUGCCGACCGACAAGCUUAGACUUGGUGGAAAGACGUGGCAGUGGAAGGUCCGCCAGCUCGGGCUGCUAGCUGACCAGCGGAUCGACGACGCAACCGUGUUCGGUGCGACGCACGUGUUCCCGGAGCCUGCGGUCUGUCGGGGCGUGGUGGUUCGCAGCCACUUCCUCAAGGAGCUGCCCCAAGGCGUAUCUGCUGAAAUCCAUCUUCACGGCAUGGCAACUUGCGGUGAUAAACGCAGCAUAUUUUGUGCUUCAGAAGUCCGCCAUCCGCGUUGUACUGGACAUGCCGGGUCCUGUAGACGCUUGGUGGUUUCAGGACCCCGGACGGGUGUGACUUUUGAGAACUUGGACCUUCAAGUAGACUAUUUUGCCCUUGUCUAUUAUGCAAACAGGCCAGGAUCCUUCGUCCACGUCUCUUGUGGUUCAACCAAGCCGUCCGCCUUUCUCAAGCACACAGCAAAAGUCAGCACUAGUCACUCGGCCCCCGUCGGCGGCGAUGCUAGCAAGGACUGCGACACCGCCAAUAGACCCUCGACGACGGGAAGCAAGCGGUCGGCAGAUGCGUAUCAGAAAUCCAUGCCUCAAUCGAAGCGUGUUAGACGGUAG